GAAAUAAAAGGGACUGUUUUGGGAUUGGGAUUUCAGAUGGUGGUUACCCAGCGUAGACACGCAGAGACAUGGCCAGAAAAAGUGGUGAAUGUAAGCCUGAACCUGGAGACCUGCUGGAAAGACACGAUGGCUUCAUCAAACACUGGGGCGUGUUCACAGGUGAAGGAGUGGUCCACCUUACUCCCAAAGUCGAUGCUUCAUCGUCAAAAAUCGCAACGGAGAACACAGUGCCUGGCGUGGUGAGUGAAGUUGACUUUAAGACCUUUGCCCGUGAGAACAAAGUGGUGGUACACAAGACCACAGCGCCCGCGCACGAAACAAUUGCAAGAGCUCGCGGAAAGAUUGGACCUCACCCCUACAACCUGUCCAAGUACAACUGCGAACACUUUGCCAAGGAGGCAGCUGGGGCACGUCAGUCUGGUCAAGGAGAAAGUGAGGACCCCAGAGCGGAGCGCUGAGACGGUGUGGUGCCGGAAAAGCGCGGCCAGUCAGGCAGCAUCCGAGGAGCAGGCGAAUCGACGUGUCCAGCAUCAGCCCUUCACCAGGAAGGUGGAAAGCUUUAAACAUUCAGCGAAAACAAUCCUUGACCAUGCCAGCGAAAACCCCUUUGCCUGAAAGACUCGAGGGACGAAAUUCUCACACCCAGCCAAUUCUGCUCCACAACUUUUCAAAGAACUGCAAAGGAAAGGGGUUUUCCCAGACCCCAAUAAUGCAUUAGGCAGUGCACUGCAAUAAACUCCUCUGUAACACUUGCUUUGCUCACAUCUGGGCUUCUGUGGCCUUUCAAACCGCAAUAAACCAACCCCAAACUGAACAAAAA